GAAAAGGCAAGGUGUCUGGAGAACAAGCGAAAGGAUUUCAUUUGGAUCCAGUCUGCAAGCGGUCGAAAAACUCUCCAGGGGGUGUUGGCAUGCAUCCGCGAAUGUUGCAUACGCUUACAUCUUAGCAAUAAAUGUGACCUACGUCUGGAGGUUCCUCCCUCGCAACCCAUAGCGGAAAGACACUUCCUGGCAGGCAAGAAUGGAUCUGAUGCGUUAAAGGCUUACGUCACGCUUCUCGGCGAUAACGUGAUCCAAGCAGAAAUCAUUCUCAAAAACGUGAAGUCCGCAGGAGGUGUUUUCCGAGCUGUUGCCCAACCGGAUGUGCAGUGGAAAUUACAGCAAUUACAGGAUCUUGGGAAUCAUAUCGCACGUGUCUCAGAGCAGGCAUGUGAAGUUGAUGCUCGAUUAGCGGAGCUCUCUCAGGCUCGAAAGUUUAGUUUGAAGUCUGGUGAAUUGCUUCUCUCAGCUGCGCGUACUAUGAAGGAUGAGAUAUUAGCAGCACGAACCACGAUCAUACUACCAAGAAAAAAGUCCUUGCUGGAAUUAUACAAUUUUCCUCCCACUCGUCGCUUCAACCCUCCUUUGCCGCAAGACCAGCUGAUGUCGUUCUACAUAUCGAGCUGUAAACUUGUUUGCGCAUCGUACCAUAUGGUGUCGAAACAAACUGCUCCUCAAGGACUGUCGAUUACUGUAUCUGAAUGUCAGUUAGCUUAUUUGGAAGAAGUACUGCAGCAGUUAGAUAACGCCCUAGCACAUCUACAGAGACUAAUAGACUUAUUAGAUAAGUGCCGAACUCCGUUAGAUUGA